CCACUCACAACCAACUUUUGUGGCCUAUAAGAGAUUUUCACAUUCCCGAAAUGCCCUAGCCUUUCCUUAAAAUUUCCAACCUCUACCCCUCAGAUUAAUUGAAUAAAAUAAAAGGGGAAAACCAAUCUCAAACUUUUUUUUUUCCUUAGGAAGGGUGAGCUGAAAAAUGCUAGAGACGGUGGCGCGUGAAGCCGACGAAGAGCUGUCACUUUUGCCACAUCAGAGCAACGGUGACCGCUCAUGGCGGUUGAACUUCGAGGGUUUCCAGUUAUCUUCUGAACACAAAGACAAAAAGCCUCCUCGUAGCCUCCAUGAUUGCCUCGGGGUUUUAGGUCCAGAAGAUAACGUGGCUGAAUACUAUCAGCACCAGGUAGAAAUGCUUGAGGGUUUUAAUGAAAUGGAUGCCUUAGCUGAGCGUGGAUUUAUUCCUGGAAUGUCAAAGGAGGAGCAGGAAAAAUUGGCUAGAAGUGAGACACUAGCCAUUAGAAUUUCCAAUUUUGCAAAUAUGGUUCUUUUUGCUGCUAAAGUUUAUGCUUCCAUCAGAAGUGGCUCAUUAGCUAUAAUUGCAUCCACAUUAGACUCUCUUCUUGAUCUUCUGUCUGGCUUCAUCCUAUGGUUUACUGCAUUCUCCAUGUCAACACCAAACCCGUAUCAGUACCCAAUUGGAAAGAAAAGAAUGCAGCCACUGGGCAUCCUUGUUUUUGCCUCUGUCAUGGCAACUCUUGGACUUCAGAUAAUCUUGGAGUCAGUACGAACAUUGGUUUCAGAUGAGGACGAAUUCAACCUGACAAAAGAGCAAGAGAGGUGGGUUGUAGGCAUAAUGCUUGGAGUGACCUUGGUUAAGCUUUUCCUGGUGUUUUAUUGCCGCACGUUCACCAAUGAAAUUGUUAAAGCUUAUGCUCAGGAUCAUUUCUUUGAUGUUAUCACAAACAUAAUCGGCCUUGUUGCUAUGCUACUUGCCAAUUACAUUGACAAUUGGAUGGACCCUGUUGGAGCUAUCAUUCUGGCGUUGUACACUAUCCGCACAUGGUCAAUGACAGUAUUAGAGAAUGUGAACUCACUGGUUGGAAGAUCAGCUGCUCCAGAAUAUCUUCAGAAACUAACCUAUCUCUGUUGGAACCACCACAAGGCCAUAAGACAUAUCGAUACAGUCCGAGCUUACACCUUUGGGUCUCACUACUUUGUGGAGGUUGAUAUUGUACUCCCAGCAAACAUGCCAUUGCAAGAAGCUCACGAUAUCGGAGAAUCUCUGCAGGAGAAGCUCGAGCUACUGCCUGAGAUUGAGCGUGCUUUUGUUCAUCUCGAUUAUGAAUUCAGUCACAAACCUGAACAUGCACAAGCACAUGCUUUGUAGGCAGCAGCCAGGAGGUAUGAAGGUCUGUCUAUAAUGUUAUAUUUUUGUUGGUUAUUUUUGUUUCUACCAACAUAUUCUAUGGUUGGAAAAUUGAGCCAUAUGAAAAGACACAUAUAUGUAUGUGCAUGUAACACGUGACGCACUCGUUCGCACGUAUAAAAAGCAACAUCUGCACGUGUAAAAUGCAUGUGCAGAUAUUAUUAUUCAAAUUUCAGAUUUCUGCCUAAAAUACUUUCCAUGGAUAAUUGAGUUUGCUUCUACGUUCUAAUAAGAUGCAUAUUUCCUAUGUU